GACAUCAACUGUAUCUACAAGCAGUGGAAAAAAGUUCGCGAUCGGUAUGUUCGGGAGAAGCGAAAAAUACGCAUGUCUUCAGGAAAUGGUGGUGAGAUGGAGGAGUCGCAAUGGGAUCUGUUCCCGCAAAUGAUCUGGAUUGAUCCAUAUUUGGAUGAUCGAGCAACGCAAUAUUCGAAGAAUGUAAAACGGAAGCGCGACAGCGAGGAGCUGUCAGACGAUGGAUACCUGGAUGAUCUUGCCGAUACCCCGCAUGGCCAGCAUGGUAUCUCGCAAAAUUCAUCACCUUACACCACAGUUUUGCUACCAAACGGUGUGGCUACAGUCAAACCAAUCUCUCAUCUGCAAGGAGGUGUAUAUAGUGCUCAAAAUGAACAAAGAACGGCAUUGGUUGCUGGGAAUAAUUUGUCGCUGGAACAACAGGAUAUGAGUGCAAUUGAUGGUGAUAAAGCAUUUGCGCUGAGUGUUACGGCCGAUAUGCUUGCCCUCCCAGAAAAUGCUAGGGCUAUGGUAAAGGCAGAAAUACAGAAUUGGCUCGAUAACUCAAGGCUAUCGCAACAACUCGAAUCAAAAUAG